AUGUUUAGUCAAUUGUAUUUGAUGUUGCUGUAUGUCUGUAGAAUCAGUAGCACUAGUGAUAAACAACUGGAUGCAUUGUCACUGGCAGAGGUAGUUGUUCAACUUACUAACUAUACGACAAAUUGUGCACGUACUGCCAUUAAGGUUUCUGAUAGAAACCAUGCUAUAAUCCUGAAUUUGAUUGAUAACAAGUCAUUUUAUGAGCAAGAAACGUUCUUAUUGAAUCUUAACAAUAAAAUCAACAGUUGUACGACAACCUACGAUAUGGUUGAUCAAACACUUAAUGAUUUGAUGACUGAAGUAAUACAACAAAAAAAUGAGUAUGCAAUGUGUUACAUAUCAUCGCAAACAUUCUAUUACAAUUUGAUUCAAAUUUUAAUGAAUCAGUGUAAACAAACUUAUCAUAUGAUCAGAGAAUUUGCUGGAUUGACAUACGCUAAGUCUGAUUUGUUCAGCGUUAGUGAUAUGGUAAUAGAAAAUGUGAUGUCUACGAUUGAUGAUUUGGAUGAAGCAAGUGUGAAAAUAGGUAGGAUACAGAAGUAUUAUGAUGUUGGAAAGGAAUGCGAAGAGGAUCAUGUUAAACAGACUAAAAACUUGGAACUGUUGCAGAAGAAAUAUAGGCAACUGAUACAAUUAUUCCCAAUGGAAUAA